GCAGCGUCUCAGGGCCAGUGGGGCCGCGCCUGGGAGGUGGACUGGUUCUCCCUGGCCAGCGUUGUGUUCCUGCUGCUCUUCGCGCCCUUCAUCGUGUACUACUUCAUCAUGGCGUGCGACCAGUACAGCUGCGCGCUGACCGCGCCCCUGCUGGACAUCGCCGCCGGCCGUGCUAGCCUGGCAGACAUCUGGGCCAAGACCCCGCCGGUGACCACGAGAGCCGCCCUGCUCUACACCUCGUGGGUGGCCUUCCAGGUGCUUCUGUACACGAUGCUUCCCGACUUCUGCCACAGGUUCCUGCCGGGCUACGUGGGAGGAGUGCAAGAAGGGGCCGUGACCCCGGCAGGCGCCGUGAACAAGUACCAGGUCAACGGCCUGCAGGCCUGGCUCAUAACGCAUCUCCUCUGGUUUGCCAACUCCCACCUCCUGUCCUGGUUCUCCCCCACCAUCAUCUUUGACAACUGGAUACCGCUGCUCUGGUGCGCCAACUUCCUGGGCUACGCUGUCUCCACGUUCGCCAUGAUCAAGGGCUACUUCUUCCCCACUAAUGCCCAGGACUGGUAGGUUCCGCAGGAGCUGGUCGAC